UCAUAGAUAUGAGUCUAAGUUCCUUGAAAAAGAAGUCUACCUAAAUAUUCCAGCAUUGCAACAUGAUUUGGCAAUAUCAGUGCCACACCUAUUAGCCUGCAGAAUUUAAACAAAAAGAAUCUCCUGCCUGCUGCCUCAGACGUUUCAAUGGUGACAGCUUUAACCUAGAUAUCAUUAUCAUCUGCAGACCUACAGUAACGUGUAUUUAAAUAUUCACACCUUUUUGUCCUCUGUAAUUAAGUUUAACAGAAUUUGUUUAAUCCCUUCUGGUUUAAUGAGACUAAGUUUACUUAGCUUUCUGUGUGUGAUUUGGCGAUUAAAUGAAUUACUAGCACAUACUGCGACUAAUUAAUUUAAUGAAUUAUAUCGUACAUCAUGGGUGCUUUUUAAAAAAAAGAGCUAAUGUCAGAAAAUGGAUUGCACUAUUUCAGUCUCCCACAUUUCUGUUUCACCGAGAGAUAAACUUACAGGAGUAGCAGGCUGGAGGAAACAGCAGUUAGAAAAAAAGUGCCUCUCUAGGGAGGAUUCGAAUAUCAGACCUGCAGGCUUUGGGUCCUGCCUCUACGGCUACCAUCUCCCAUCUCCUCCCCAUUGUAGCCUGGCAAGAUUGCUAUAAUCGAUUGCUGCGCCUUUCCCUAACCAAACAGUAGAAGAAGGGUGAAAAAAAAAAAAAAGAAGCCGAAGGAGAGUGAAAGAAAGAUCAUAAAUGCUGCCUGCUGUCUCCUCUUUGAUUUGAUGGCCUUCAUUCCUUCUAAUUGGAUAAAGUAGGAAGUCACUGUUAGUACUGUGUUGCUGGAUGCACAGAUUUUAUUCAGACCAGCCCUGCAGUGGGUGGGGGAGACGAGAAGAGAAAGGAGAAUCUAAGUGAUAAGGUACGUGACUGGUAAAGUGGAUAGGGAAAGAAAAAAAAAAGAACGUCUUGUUUUACAAAAGGGAAAGCCAGAACAAGGAUGCUGAAGACGACUAAGCAAAAGAAGAGAAGGGAGUAACCAACCAGCUCUCACUGUCCUUCCUGUCAAGUCACAGCCUGUGAUAAUACUGUGUGCCGUCAUGCUCCCAGAACAAGCACCUGCUGCUCUGUAAUGAUUCAGCCUCUUUCACUCGUAGCUUUAACACAACAGGAUGAUAUUGCUGCUGUCACUGCUGCCUCAUCUGCUGCUGCUGCUCCUCUUGCCGGUCCUACUGCUUUUCUUGUGGUUGCUGCCUCAUGACAGCUGUAUUCUACCAAGCAGGCACCACCACCCUAUGCUCCAGGUGAGAACACAGCAAUUCACUCUUGGCUAUUGGCUUACCUAACUAACUAACAAGUCAGGGAUCGAGAAGCAUAAACGUCGGGCACUAUCAUGGCAAAGAAGAGCAUGAAAUGUUUCAAUAUCCACCACCUUCUUUGACUAAAGAAUUCUAUUUUCUUUGCUUUCCUGGUAAUGAUCUUCUUCUACUUAGACUCUAUUGAUUUACAAUAUAACAUGCUACAUAGUUUUUUACUCUAUGCCCCUCUUGUUCUGGUAAUGGACCAUGUGCAAAUCUAUACUUCACUGAGGCAAGGUGAUUGAGAUUUAUGCCUUUAAGAUGUCUGGGGAUACUGCAGAAGGUUUUCAGAAUCAGUGCUUUGAGCAGAGCUCACACCCCCCCUCCGCUGAACUUCAAGAUGAAGGAAGCGUGCCAGAGACUCAAGCUGAGGAUGGAACUACCCAAGGGAUAGCAGGCCUUGCUAUUACCUGCUGUGUGUGCCUGGAGGCAGACAGGCUGAGAAUCUGCCUUAACUCAGAAAAGAUCUGUAUCCUUCCCAUACUGGCUUGUCUGAUAAGUCUCUGUCUUUGUAUCGCUGGCCUUAAGUGGGUGUUUGUAGACAAAAUAUUCGAAUAUGACUCCCCGACACAUUUGGAUCCCGUGAGGAUAGACGGAGAUCGUAUCAUAUAUGCUAACUCUGCACCAAAUACAAUGCUACCUUCUGUAUAUACGCUGCCUUUCCUUAUUCCUACUACUAAAACUAAUAUCCAGGUUUCAGUGGAAGUUGGAUCAUCCCUCGUGCCUACAGAGCCUACUUUUCAGUCAAUAACUACUGAUAAUAAUUCACCAAAAGUUACUUCAGUGGAAAAAAUAUAUCAGCCUUCUACAAUAAACACUUUAGGAGUUUCAGAAUCUAGUACCGCAGUCACUAUAAAAAAAGCAACAACAAGUCACUUAUCCAAAUGUUCAGAAAAAGAGAAGACGUAUUGUGUCAACGGAGGUGAAUGCUACGUGAUCAAAGGCAUCACAAGCAGUGGCACAACAAAAUACAUGUGCAAGUGCAAACCAGGAUUCAUGGGAGCACGAUGUACUGCGACUGAUCCUCUGAGAGUCAUAAGAGCAGAAAAGCAUCUUGGAAUUGAAUUUAUGGAAGCUGAAGAAUUGUACCAGAAACGAGUGCUGACCAUUACCGGCAUCUGCAUUGCCCUGCUUGUAGUGGGCAUCAUGUGUGUUGUGGCCUACUGCAAAACAAAGAAACAGAGAAAAAAGUUGCACGAUCGUCUUAGACAAAGUCUUCGCUCAGAACGGAACAAUAUGGUGAACAUGGCAAAUGGUCCACAUCAUCCAAAUCCGCAACCAGAAAAUGUCCAGCUGGUAAAUCAAUAUGUUUCCAAAAAUGUUAUAUCCAGUGAACACGUGAUAGAACGGGAAACAGAAACAUCGUUUUCUACAAGUCAUUAUACGUCAACAACACACCAUUCAACGACAGUUACGCAAACACCAAGCCACAGCUGGAGUAAUGGCCAGUCAGAAAGCAUUAUUUCAGAAAGUCACUCGGUGAUUGUGACAUCUUCAGUAGAAAAUAGUAGACAUACAAGUCCUACAGGACCAAGGGGGCGAUUGAAUGGUAUUGGAUGUCCUAGAGACUGCAGCUAUCUUAGACAUGCUAGAGACACACCCGAUUCAUAUAGAGAUUCACCACACAGUGAAAGAUAUGUUUCAGCAAUGACCACUCCAGCUCGCAUGUCACCAGUGGACUUCCAGACUCCAAUAUCUCCGAAAUCACCUUCAUUGGAGAUGUCUCCACCAAUAUCUAGUUUAGCUGUAUCAGUUCCCUCUGUGGCUGUCAGUCCAUUUAUUGAAGAAGAAAGACCAUUGCUUUUGGUGUCACCUCCAAGGUUACGGGACAAGAGAUAUGACUUAUAUUACCACCAUCACCACUAUAACCAGCAGUACAAUUCCUAUCAUCACAACCCUGCUCAUGAUAGCAGCAGCCUGCCACCAAGUCCUUUAAGAAUAGUGGAGGAUGAGGAAUAUGAAACCACACAAGAGUAUGAGCCAGCCAUGGAGCCUGUAAAGAAACUAGUCAACAGCCGGAGGGCAAAAAGAACAAAACCCAAUGGCCACAUUUCCAAUAGAUUAGAACUGGACACUGACACAAGCUCUGAGAGCAGUACAUCUGAGAGUGAGACAGAAGAUGAAAGAAUAGGCGAGGAUACACCUUUCCUGAGUAUACAAAAUCCCCUGGCGACCAGCAUAGAGUCAGCCAGUUCAUACCGACUUGCAGAAAGUAGGACUAACCCAAAUAGCCGAUUCUCAACGCAAGAAGAGUUACAAGCAAGGCUGUCCAGUGUAAUAGCUAACCAAGACCCUAUUGCUGUAUAAAACAAAUAAAACAUAGAUUCACCUGUAAAACUUUAUUUUAUAUAUGAAGUAUUCCACCUUAAAUUAAACAAUUUAUUUUAUUUUAACAGUUCCGCAAGUAGAAAACAGGAAACAUUUUAUAAAUUAAGUAUAUGUAAAAAUGUGUUAUGUGCCAUAUGUAGCAAUUUUUUACAGUAUUUCAAAAUAAGAAAGACAUCAAUGGUGCCUUUAUGUUAUGUUAUGUUGACAACGGUUUUUGUAUGUCCCAGUGAUUGCUGUCCCACAGUAUUUUUGCAGACUGCUUUAUCCUUCAUUUUUUUCUUGGCUUUUUGUGCAUUGCAUUAAUGGUGUCGACUGAAUGUAUGAUUUGCAAGAGUUACAGCAAUCAACUGUUUGUUUGUGGUACUGUAAAUUCCUGACUAUCUGUCCCUGUAAUGCAGUACUCAUAAAAAAAUACUGUUUACUUUUAUAAGAGGAAUUCUAUUGCUAUUCAUAUACAAACCAAUUUAUGUCCGCUGUUUGCCAGCUAAAGCUUUGCUUUACAAGGCACUGAUCUAAUAGUAGAUUGAACAGCAUGCUACUAUUAAUCAAAGCAGGAUACAGAAUGCAAAUACACAAUGUUCAACACUUAUUGGAAAUGCAAAUGCUGCUGUGACAUACCUAAUAAAUGAUUAGAAAAGUAACUUCUGUGGAAAACUACCAUCAUAAACUCAACUGGUAUAGUUAUAAUGCUGGGUCCUUAAUAAUCACAAGUCAACAUCCCUCCCACCAUGUAAAACUUUCCAGAACUGGCAAGCUUAGAAUAAACUUUGUAAACUAACCUUGCAGAGUGACAGAAGGCCUUAGUAUACCACCGGCCUCUUAAAACAUGGCUCUUGCAUGACCUAGGAACCUGGAAACCAUGAGGGCAUGCAGUAUGAACUGCAUAAUUUCAUUAAAAGGUCUCAGAGGUGCCUGUAUUGCAUUACGGAAAGCUUUGAAGGUGUUCCUUAACCUCAAUAUAUAUGAAAAUCAAUAUUUGACCUUAAUUUUCCUGGCUUUGGAGUGUUAAAGUGGCCUUGUCACCACAGGGUCCCUUCUAAACUGAAGACAACUCAUAAAAAAAUAUUUAAUAUAUCUACUUUUUUAGACUGCAAAUGUGUUUAAAGUGCACCACUUAGCUGCAACCGAGGCACUGUAAGUAUUAAAUCACUUGGGUGGGUUCAAUACCUGCUACCCCUGCCACACACAUUCCCCUUGACAGCUUGUAUGUCCUAUAGUAAUGUGUGAUCAAGUUGGAGGUACCACAGCAUGAAGGGAAACAGGUAUUUACACACAUCAAACUGUGAAAUACAUUCAGUUACAAGGGAGCAGCAAAGUGACAGCCUUACAAUACACAAGCCACUAGAAGCAUAUGUAUAUUUGCUCUUUUUAUAGGCUGCCACCUAUUGAGAAGUGAUGCUGAGGGGACGGGGUCAAUUUAAGAAGCUGACAGUACACACAACAACAUGUAAUAGUACCUUCUAUCACACUGUAAGGUUAAAUGACAAAGCUUAUAUUAAUGACAGGUUUGCUAUAAGACAGAAAUAUCACAAGAAAAUAUAUUCCAGAAAGUUUAAGAAGGAAAUAAAAAAAUAAAGGUGCAAUCAUUUUUGACCAUUUUUUGAUUGUUUUAAAAGUGUAUUGUUAUUUUUUAUUGUGUAUUAUACAGGGUUUACAUAAGACACAUGAACACUAUAGAUUAUUUAUGAGCUAACAAGUUUUUUACUUAGAAUAGUCAAUACCCUUUUGAUGAAGGGGAUUAUUUCGAUGUUUUAUUUUUUAUUUUUUGUUGUAGGACGAAUAUGAAAGGUGAAGUAAUUUCAUUUCCAGUUAGAAAGAUAAGUGGGCAUCCUAGUUUGAUAUAAAGAAAAUGUAUUUAUUUGAAAAGCACGUUUGCAUUUUACAGGCUGAUAAACUGCAUGAGCACCUGGUAGGAAUGUGCAUGACACAGUGAUUAAAUAAGACUCAGUGACUGUUAGUAGUUUAAGUAGUUUUGGAUCCAUGUUGGAAAUAUUGCACCUUUUACAAUGAGAACGGUCCUUUUUUUUCUUCCCGUCUAGUUUUCCUACGUUAUGGGUUGAGCAUGAUUCUACCUUUAAACUACCUAAUUUUUGGGACAGCUUAAAACAUGGUCUUCCAUAUGCAAUGUAAAACAAUAUAUUACAAAUACUGGAAAGAAGAACUCAAUGUGUGUCCAUUUGUUUUGUAUAUAGUUACCUUCUGUUUCUGUUAUACAACAAAAAGGUUUCAUGAGAUAGAUUUCAUAGUUACCAUUUUCACUGUGAUUUCUUGGGGAAUGAUGCUGUUCAGUUUACAUCUUUUAAUGCCUUCUAAACACUAGAGAUUUCCUUUCUGGUCUCAAUUACAGAAGCCAUUUCAACACAGCCUUUUCUCCCCUCUAAAAAUGUAAGAAAAUGGCUUCCUAAUUGAAUGAAAAAAACACAGUUAACACUCUCUGGUUCUAAAAUUGUUGCGAACAUUACCAGAACAAACUUGAUGUAAGGGUGUGAAUAAAAAGUUUUGAAUGCCUGAGCUUUUGAAAGAACAUUUGCGUUUUCUGUUAAUAACUUUUGUCAGUCUGUUGCUUUGCUUUAAAUCUGCUAAAAACAAAAGCUUUUUUUUUUUAUUUUACACAUUUCUUUUUAUAUUUUGUGUUUUUUUAUGCCACGAAAGAGAAUAUGUUACACUUGCAUUUGUGGGACACUCUGCAAAACUGAUAUGGAUUAAAAUAUUUUGCUUGUUGAAUAACCUGCACCUCUAGUUUUCAAAGCGUAUCCCAUGCAUAGUAGUAACGCCUGCCUCUGCCUUUAGGCCAUAUUGGCUAAUAGUAAAAAUGUACUUUAUUAACAAACACUGCAAAGUUAUAGUAACAACACAACUGGCACAUAUCACAAGGUCCAAUAUAUAUGUUUUAUGUUUUUUUUUUGUGUAAAUACAUAUUCAUAGAUAUUUUACUUAUGCAGUUACUGUUCAUUAUAUGUUUUGUGUCACUAGCCCUUUACUGGUUAUAUGUGUAUAAAGUUAAAUUAGUAUAAAAUAAAUUCUUUUAUUUAUAUUUAGGCCACUAAGCUAGGAGAGAUAUUUCAUACAAUUUUAUGUUAAAUGUUUGAACUGUUUUUAAAGUCCUACAUGAUUAUAUUAUUAUUUUAAUUUUUUUUUUUUUUUUUUUUUUAUGAGAAUGUAAUGUAUUCUCCUUUUUUCAUUUUAAGUAAUUUAUUGUUCAGGAGAAUGUAAAGAAAAUUGAUGAAUGAAAAGUUAAAGAUAGAAAGGUACUGAAAAAAUACUAAAGAAUUUAUUAUCCCAACAACUAAGCAAUAAGCAAUUGUUGAUAUAUAUUUUGGGUUGUAAUUCCUUUCUGCAAACAAGCUGCUGAUGCAAUAAAGUACUACCAUAUACACUACAGAAUUUUGUGAGAGCCAACUGACAUGACCAAAUGAAAUGACCACCGUGAUUCAGAUUUUCAGUAGAUAUUAAUAAAAAUGGCUUUCCCUCUGCCUAAAUAUUCUGGU